UAAAACAGUCGUUUACGUACUGAGUUGUUUGUGUUGUGUUUUAAAUACGAAAUUUAUAUAAAUUUGAUUAAAAAUGACUUCAGAGACGAAGGAAACUUGGUAUUUAGACGUGGUGGAGAAGUUUGACGAUUUCUGCAAAAGAUUAGAUGAUAAGAUUGACAAAGUACAACAACAGAUGAAGGCAAGCAAAAAGAAGACUGAAUUAGAGACAAAACUCGCUCAGGAAAUGAAGCUACAUCAUGAGCUGACCGAACGUCUAGCGGAGUUGUCCCGACGAGGCAGUGAGCUGGAUCGCGUCUGCUCUACCUUCGAGACGCACCUCUCCAUCGCAGACAGUGAUAGGAAUCGAUUGGAUAACGCCAAAGAAACUUACCAGCUGGCUAAGGAGCUGACGGGCAUCAGAUGGGAUUUCAGUGCACCACCAAAUGUUGCCAAAGGAUACAUAAAGAGCGAGUCCCGCAAGCUGCUGGCGCCGCUGCAGGUGGACAUGAGCAGCGCCGACAGCGCCGCGCUCUGGGACCAGCUCGCGGCCGCCGCCGCCUGUCCCGCCUGUCCUGCCCGCGGCAAGGAGAACAGGCGGGACUGCUCAUAGGAGGACCUGGGUAUACUAUCAUCUGUAUUCCUUUGUAUAGUUACCGGCACGGACCUUAAGCGCUGACCUUCACCUGCGCAGAAGUGAUUGUUAGUGUCCCUUUUGCGGUA